AUGUCAAAUGGACAAAAUCCAUCAUUAAAAGUAUCAGAGAAUUCCUCUAAAAUUACAGAUUCUUAUUUUAUGCAUAUCGCAUAUCAUCCUUCAGAGCUUCAAAUCUUUGUUUUGUUUUUUCACAACUCAAUUUAUGCACAAAUCUUCUUAUUCAUGUGGACAAUUCUUUUCUCAACUGUUAGUAUUACACUAGUUGUAGCUUUAUUGCUCAGUUUCAUCAUCUAUUUGUUGUAUAUGCAAAGAUCAAGUAAAUUACCACCUGGACCAGUUGGUUGGCCUUUAAUCGGAUAUAUAUCAUGUUUGGGUACUAAUGCUUUCUAUAAAAUUCAAUGUAUGAAUAAAAUUUAUGGUGAUAUUGUAUCAUUUCGAGUUUUGGGAAAAACCAUCAUUAUACUAUACAACUAUGAUUUAAUACAUGAAGCAGCAAAUGAGAAUCGUUCAAAAAUUGGGCGACAUACAAUGGUUGUAAAUGAUUUGUUGGCUGAAAAUUCAGGUAAACUAAUUUGA